AUUUUUUUCGUGCUCAGUCAAACCGCUGUUUACGUAAGCAGAACCACCCUGGUUUCGCAGGGCGACGCUCACGUGAUGGGAGUGACUGUUUUUUUCUUUGCUGAAAAAAUGUGUGUGUGUGUUUUUUUUGCUGGUCUUGUGGUGUACCGGUGUUUUGCCCUGAAAAAUUUUCGAAUUAGUACCGAUGUUUUGGGAGGAUAAUGGUUAAACUUUUUUCUUUUCACUACUUCCAGUCUUUUGACCCAACUUAAUUAUCAAAGGAUAGUCUGCAAUAGCUUAAACUGAUUAUUCUCCCGAAAGACAAGAAUGAAAUACUUAGCUGCUUAUUUAUUAUUAGUUCAAGGUGGUAACGCCUCUCCAUCAGCUGCUGAUAUUACUUCCUUAUUAGAAACCGUUGGUGUUGAAGCUGAUGAAUCUAGAUUAUCAUCUUUAUUAAAAGAAUUAGAAGGUAAAGAUGUCAGUGAAUUGAUUGCUGAAGGUAACACCAAAUUAGCUUCUGUUCCAACUGCUGGUGCCGGUGCUGCUGCUGGUGGUGCUGCUGCCACUGAAGGUGGUGCUGAAGAAGCUGCUGAAGAAGCUAAAGAAGAAGCUAAGGAAGAAUCCGAUGAUGAUAUGGGAUUCGGUUUGUUUGAUUAA